AUGUCUGGCAACAUCGACCAGCUUGCCGUCAACACCAUUCGCAUUCUUGCUGCCGAUGCUACCGCCAACAGCAAGUCGGGUCACCCCGGUGCCCCAAUGGGCAUGGCUCCCAUUGCGCACGUCCUCUUCGACAAGUUCAUGAAGUUCAACCCCAAGAACCCUGAGUGGCUCAACAGGGAUCGAUUCGUUCUUUCGAACGGUCACGGCUGCAUGCUCCAAUAUGCUAUCCUCCACCUCUUCGGCUAUGCCAUUACUAUGGACGACAUCAAGAACUUCAGGAAAGUCGGCAGCAUCACUCCUGGCCACCCUGAGGCUCAUGAUACCCCCGGUAUUGAGGUCACCACUGGUCCCCUGGGCCAAGGUAUCUGCAAUGCUGUCGGUCUCGCCAUGGCCCAGGCUCACACCGCUGCUACCUUCAACAAGCCCGGCUUCAACGUUGUUGACAACUACACAUACUGCUUCAUGGGCGACGGCUGUCUGAUGGAGGGUGUCUCUGGCGAGGCUUCGUCUCUUGCCGGUCAUCUCCAGCUCGGCAACCUUAUUGCCGUGUGGGACGACAACCACAUCUCCAUUGACGGCGACACCAACUGCGCCUUCACUGAGGAUGUAGUUAAGAGGUACGAGGCCUACGGCUGGCACGUCGUCACCGUCGAGGACGGCAACCACGACCUUGCUGGCAUGGCCGCCGCCAUUGAGAAGUGCAAGGCUGUCACCGACAAGCCCUCUCUCAUCCAGCUCAAGACCACCAUUGGCUUCGGUUCCACGCAGGAGGGCACCCAUGGUGUCCACGGCUCUCCCCUCAAGGCCGACGACAUCAAGCAGCUCAAGCAAAAGUUCGGCUUCGACCCCGAGAAGAGCUUCGUCGUUCCCCAGGAGGUCUACGACUACUAUGCCAAGCACGCCGCCGAGGGUGCUGCCGCCGAGGCCGAGUGGAACCAGCUCCUCGCCAAGUAUGCCGAAAAGUACCCUGCCGAGCAUGCUGAUCUCCAGCGCCGCCUGAGGGGUGAUCUCCCCGAGGGCUGGGAGAAGGCUCUCCCCGUCUACUCCACCUCCGACUCUGCUGUCGCCUCCCGAAAGCUCUCCGAGAUUGUCCUCAGCAAGGUCGAGGCCAUCCUCCCCGAGCUCGUCGGUGGAUCCGCCGAUCUUACUGGCUCCAACCUCACGAGGUGGAAGGGUGCUGUUGACUUCCAGCCCCCCUCCACCGGCCUUGGAGACUACUCUGGCCGCUACGUCCGUUACGGUGUCCGUGAGCACGGUAUGGGUGCUAUCAUGAACGGUCUUGCCGCUUACGGUACCAUCAUCCCCUAUGGUGGUACUUUCCUCAACUUCGUCUCCUACGCCGCCGGUGCCGUCCGUCUGUCCGCUCUCUCCCACGUCCGUGUCAUCUGGGUCGCCACCCACGACUCCAUCGGUCUCGGCGAGGACGGUCCCACUCACCAGCCUAUCGAGACCCUGGCCCACUUCCGCGCUCUUCCCAACUGCAUGGUCUGGCGCCCUGCUGACGGCAACGAGACGAGCGCCGCCUACAAGGUUGCUUUCGCCCACAAGACCUGCCCCAGCAUCAUCGCUCUCUCUCGCCAGAACCUUCCUCAGCUUCAGGGAUCCACCAUCGACAACGCUGCCCGUGGUGGUUACGUCCUCCAGGAGGUCGAGGGUGCCCAGGUAACCCUCGUCUCCACCGGUUCCGAGGUCUCUAUCUGCGUCGAGGCUGCCAAGUACCUCGCCGACAACCACGGCAUCAAGGCCCGUAUUGUCUCUCUCCCUUGCUUCGAGAUCUUCGACAGCCAGUCCAAGGAGUACAGGCUCAGCGUCCUCCCCGACGGCAUCCCCUCGCUCUCCGUCGAGGUCAUGUCCACCAUGGGUUGGGAGAAGUACACUCACGAGCAGUUCGGUCUCAACAGGUUCGGUGCCUCCGGUCCUUACCUCGAUGUCUACAAGGCGAGUUCUAGCCAGCAUCCCUUCGAGUUCACUCCUGAAGGUAUUGCCAAGCGCGCGGUUGCCACCGUCAACUUCUGGAAGGAUGUCCCUGUCAGGUCGCCCGUCAACAGGGCUUUCGAUCAGAUCAUCUAA